AGAUUAUACUUUCAGUCAUAUUCAUCAACGUCGUCGUUUUCCUUUUUGAUCUGCAGCCGACUUUUUGGCUUUGGUCGGCGUGCAUGUCCAUUUCCAACUUCUUUCCUUUCCAUCUCUUCCAUUUUCUUUAAUCCCAUAAAUAAAAUGUAAAUUAAUUGCGUCCCCAAUUGGUUGGAUUGUUCAACCUUUUUGGUGGGCCUUUGGUUUUCAUCUUUAUACAAAUUAAAAAGAAAAAAGAAAACUGCUUCUGGGUUUUGUUCUUUACUUUCUUCUCUCUAUUGGGAUCGCGAUUUUCCUCUGAUUUCUUUUUGUUUUUUGAUUUGUGGGUUCUCUCUCUCAAGACACCAUUUCCUGGGUUUUGAAAUUUUGAUGGUUGAUGCUUGAUUGAGUUUCCUUUUGGACUGCUUUUGAGGAUUGAAAUUCAAACUCGAGACGGUUAAUUUAUCCUAUGAACUUAGUUUUUUGACCAUAAUGGGAACUUCGUCUGUUGAAGCGCGUACCGAAAGAAGUCUUUUUACUGCUUUGGUGUCUGCUGUUUUUGAAUGGUUACUGAUAUGUAUGCUGUUUGCGGACUCUAUAUUCUCAUUCUUCAUCACAAAAUGUGCUCAUUUCUGGAAAUUAUGCACCCCGUGCCUGCUAUGUUCAAGACUUGAUCACAUUUUUGGCUCAGAGAAAAGGGGGUAUAUUUGGAAUUUAAUUUGUAGCAAGCAUAAGCUGGAGCUUUCAUCCUUGGUACUUUGUCAUGCUCACAACAAACUUGUGAAUGUUCAUGAAAUGUGUGAAAACUGCCUCUUUUCAUUUGCAACAUUCAAUAAGUCGAACUCUGAGACUUACAGGUUAUUGGUUGGUAAAUUGGGGAAGGAUCCUUAUCCUCGAAUUGAUAGAGACCCUUUGCUUGGGGAUCAAAAGUAUGAUACUUUGAGCCAAAAAUGUUGUUCAUGUUGUAAGGAGUUGUAUGUUCCAAGAGGGUUUGCUCAGAGCUUAAUCCAGACCCGUUCAAGUGGAUUGGAGGCGGAGGAUCUUGAUGUUCCCUUGGCGAGUUCUGCUGUCCAUUAUGACGGAGAUUCACAGGAGUGUUCAAACAAUCCUCGACCUCAUGUUCAAUACAGAGAGCUGAAGAUUACCUCAGACACAGAAUCUGAGGGAAAUGGAAGCAUUUUGGGGGUUGAAAGGGCCAAUUCGUUGAAGGAUGAUCUCACCAUUCAAGAUGUUAAUAUGGAGCCUAACUUCAUUUCGUUGGCCAGUAAUUUGACCUCGACGAAACUAAUAGAGCCAGCCUUGGCACCUGAACCAUUGGUCUUAGAGCCACUAGCAACAACACCUUAUGUUCAAAACAGAGAGCUGAAGAUUACUCCUGACACAGAAUCUGAUGGAAAUGGAAGCACUUUGAGGGUUGAGACGACCAAUUCUAAGGAUGAUCUCACCGUUCUAGGUGUCAAUACGGAGCCCAACAUCAUUUCUCUGGACAGUAAUUUAACCUCAGCAAAACUAGUAGAGCCAGCGUUGGCUCCUGAACCAUUGGUCUUAGAGCCACUGGUCUCUCUAGACGAUGCACUGCCUCCUGCAGAAUGUGGCGUCUUGAUUGGGCACGGUCUGGAUGAAGUUACUCCAAAGCUUGUGGAAGUUAAUGGGUUCUUCUCUUCACCAUCUGAUCUCCUUCCCAUCGACAAUGUGGUUUCUUCUUCAAACACAAAAGAAACCCCUGUUGAAGCUGUAGAAGAAAGCUGUGUUGAAAGAAGUGAAGAAUAUGAAAAGGAAAGCAGGGGAACCGAGAAGGCUGAAAUCUUACCGACAAAAGCAACAUCUGAAGCAGGUUCUGAAGUCCAACCUGUUUCCAGUGAUUCUGCUCAGAUGGUACCCAAUAUGUUGGAGCUCGGUGAUGCUUAUAAGCUAGCUGUAGGUGCUAGAGGAGGAAGACAAUUGUCUGGCAAGCUUUUGGAACAAUGGAUUGGGAAGGAAUCUUCAAAAGUUAGUGAAGAUCUGAAGCUUCUCUUGACACAACUCUCAUUUAAUCGUUUGAAUGACCAAUCACGGGAGAUGAGUCCAAGGCUGUCCGUAAAUGGAGACGAGGUGAGGAACUUUGAUUACUUGAGCGCUGUUGGGAUGCAAAUGCUACAAAAAAGGAUUUCGCUUGAAAGAAAUGAGUCCGGUGUAGAAUCUUUAGAUGGAAGCAUAAUUAGUGAAAUCGAUGGGGAAAACAUGGCUGAUAGGUUGAAACGACAGAUUGAGUAUGAUAAGAAGGUUAUGAGUUCUUUAUACAAGGAAUUGGAGGAAGAAAGAAAUGCAUCCGCAAUUGCUGCAAAUCAGGCAAUGGCCAUGAUUACAAGGCUGCAAGAAGAGAAGGCCAAUCUUCACAUGGAGGCAUUGCACUGUCUAAGGAUGAUGGAAGAGCAAAGUGAGUAUGAUGAUGAUGCCCUGCAGAAGGCGAAUGAUCUCAUUACAGAGAAGGACAAAGAGAUACAAGAUCUCGAAGCAGAACUCGAAUUUUAUCGGAUUAACUUUCCUAAUGCAUAUACAAUAGAUAAUCUUGUGGAGACUUCAGUGAAGGAAAGAGAUAUCAGGGUUGUUCAUUUAGAGUCUAAUCAGAUCGAACCAAUCGGUAAUAGAAAUCUGGUCACAGGUAAACCUGAUCUCCACGAGGAAGUUGGAAGUGAAGGUAGUACAUAUAACAAUUUGUUGUUAGAGUUUGAGGAUGAAAAGUUAAACAUCAAGCAACACCUUAAGAAGCUCGAGAAUAUGCUUCAUUUGUUUUCGAACGACGGGGUCAAGAUGGAUCUCAGCAAUGGAAAAUAUUUUGGAAACAAACGAAGUUUUUCAAGUGGGACAAAUGAUCUUGAUUUGGAUGACAGAAAACUUGAAGAUCGGGAACAUCAUGCCUGUUUACCAGGGGAAGAUGCUCAUAUCGAGGAUGAUCAUCUUCCCUCACUCACAAAUUCUUCAUUUGAUAAAGAAAGUAGUGAACUUGAUUGUAGUGAUAAGAAUUCCCCGCUGGCUACUGAAACGGCGGAUUUCUCCUUUCUAAGAAACGAGCUGUCCAAUCUUAACAAAAGGAUGGAAGCACUUGAAGCUGACAAGAAUUUCCUCGAGCACACAAUCAAUUCACUCAGAAAAGGAGAGGAAGGGCUUCAGUUUGUUCAAGAGAUUGCUUCCCAUUUGCGAGAACUACGAAAAAUAGAGACAAGAAGUUGAAGGACAUGCAGCCUGAUGAUAUGCUCCAACGUAACUAUUCAAAAUUACAUGCAGGAGAGAAGGAGGACGACGACAACGACAACGUAUACUGAGCAAGAUUAUUUCAGACAACUGUACAGUUCCACUAGCUUGUUUUCUUCAAAGAUUUGAAGAAUACAAAGGAUUUGAAAGUUAAAACAGUGUGACUUAUUUAAUUCUUUUGGUAUAGCAAUUGCCACUUUUAGGAUUUUAAUUCUUACUCACUACCAAUAAUUUUGAAAUAUUGUGAUAAACUGAGAGUACUGAUACUAAGUGAAGAAGGCAAGAUAGGAAAGUUCAUUCCUUCAGUUGGGGGGUGAGUCCUUGCUUCCAUUUGUUUUCUUACGUCUUCACUUUUGCAUUUUUUUUUUUUUUUUUUUUUUUUGGGUUUUCAUUUUUGGAGUGGAUUGUGUGUGUGAGUUGGUCACGUGUGAAUAUUGUAACAGUUUAUUUUGAUCAUUGUAUUGGUUGGUGAUCCCUAUGAUAAAUGAAAAGCCUUUUUUCA